AUGCUGGGACCCUCGCUUUAUGGCUUGAACCUCCGAGACUCAUCGCUCGUCAUCCUCUUUUUCACCUUGCUCUCGACAUUGGCCCCGGCUUUCCUCGCCACUCUAGGGCCGAAGACGGGUAUGCGAUCAAUGAUUCAAGCGCGAUUCAGUUUUGGGCGAUAUCUUGUCUCCGUGCCUGUGGUCCUAAACCUGGCUACGCUGACGGGUUUCUGCGUCAUUAUAUGCGUAGUUGGCGGCCAGUGUCUUUCGGCCGUCACCGACGGUGUUCUCAGCCCUGCUUUGGGUAUCGUACUCAUUGCUCUUGUUUCCCUUUUGAUCUCGUUCUGCGGGUUCAGGGUCUUGCAUUUCUACGAGACCUAUGCUUUCAUCCCAGCAGUGAUUGCGAUAGUGAUCGCCACUGGGUUUGGAGGGUCGAGGCUCAAAGAACAAGCUGAGAUGGCUCCUGCAACAGCUCCGUCGAUUUUGAGUUUUGGCAUGAUUGUUGCAUCAUAUAUGAUUCCGUAUGCCUGUAUUGCAUCGGAUCUUACUACCUACUUUGACCCACGAGUUCAAGGUGCUUCGUACCGUGUGUUUGCUUACAGCUACCUCGGCUUGAUUAUACCCACCAUUCUUUUGAUGACACUUGGCAGCGCCAUUGGUGGAGCUCUAGCCAAUGUGCCUGAAUGGCAAGCAGGCUACGAUAACACACUUGUUGGUGGAGUAUUGGCGGCCAUGCUGUCGCCGGCUGGUGGUUUUGGCAAGUUCGUCGUUGUUAUCCUAGCAUUUACCCUUCUCGGCAACGUCUCCGCCACGCUGUACGCCAUCACGCUCAACUUUCAGACGCUAGUUCCUUGGCUAGUACGAGUACCUCGCUAUGUGUUCUCGAUCAUCGUCACAGCCAUCAUGAUACCGGUUUCCAUCAAAGCCGCCGAUGAUUUCUUCCUAAACUUGGAGAACUUUGUGGCAUUGAUCGGGUACUGGUCCGCCUCCUUCGUCGGCAUUGUAGUGGUCGAACACUUUAUCUUCCGUAAAGGAGACGCCAAGCUAUACGAUCAUCACAAUUGGAAUAUCGCUUGUAAUCUACCUAGCGGUGCUGCAGCACUUGGAGCGGGCAUCCUGAGCUUUGGUCUCGUAAUUCCCUGCAUGGCCCAGACCUGGUGGACUGGGCCAAUUGCUGAGACCACUGGCGACAUCGGGUUCGAGGUGGCAUUUGUUCUGAGCGCACUAAUUUAUGUUCCUCUGAGAUCGCUUGAAAGGCGAAUCCUUCACCGAUAG